AUGCCCGCGUUUUUAUUCCACUCGACGUCAACCUAUUCGACGCCCUCCCUCAACGAUCAAGGACUAGCUCACAAUGAAGGGCAACCAAACGCAACGGUUGAAGAUGAUUUCCAGCCGUUUCCAUCCCUUUCCCAACCACCACCACUCGACCGCAAACGUCAUAUUCCUUUGCCAGUUUUGACCAACCAAACCUCUACAUUGAAUGGCCUUUUAAUGUCUAGCUGGGAAGAAAAGGCACACAUACAGUGGGACAUUACACAACGACCCGGAGAAGCACAGUUUGCAGGUAUCAAGUCGGAUGACACCAUGGCGAGACGAGACGUGUUUUGGGGGAAUGCAACUUGCCCUCCCACCAACGAGUACAUUAAAAUUCGUAUCGGAGCAAAUUUUGCGUUCUUGGAUAUAACCGUAACGCCAAGCGGCCCACUUACGAUACUGGAUGUCCUCAAUGCAGUUUAUCAAGGGGUGCGCGAAGAGGCGCUCAAAAGAUGGCGUAGUGGAAAGUUUGAGGGAGGUGAUGUUCCACCGCGACCUCCGUUCGCUUUGAUGCGUGACGGAAGGUCGCAAGACGAAACAAAGCUGGCAGAGUCAGAAGUCCCACGAAUAAUCCGGGCCCAUAUGCAAGGGAUGACCCGAUGGGCAGGACUCCACAAACCUCAUCGAGAUGAGGGCGGUGUGUGGCUUUUGAAGAUCGCCCCGGCACAAAAAAUGAUGUGA